AUGUCAAAUGAGCUCAACAAUAUCAUCGCCCUCAACACGGAUGGAGUCGCGGAGGGUGUCGCCAUUGGUGGCGACCGAUUCCCGGGCAGUACCUUUUUGGAUCACAUCCUCCGCUACGAGGCGGACCCCAGUGUACACAUGCUGGUUCUCCUGGGCGAGGGUGACAAAGUUAAAUUCCCUCUUCGGUGUAUGCGUGUGUUUGUCUACCGGGGAAUAUUGGGUGUGGGUUGGAAGGUCGUACACUGGCCAGAUGACGUGGUCCUUCAGGCUGAAGUCAGGUUGCAGGUCAGGUCUUUGACUACUCAGCUUUCUUUACCCAUUUUGGAUGUUAUUGCAUGGGAAUUGGUGUCAGAAACCAUGUCCACCUUCGCUUCCAACGCGAAAGAGGGCAGGGGUGGACGGCAACUGGCAGUCGGUUCAUGA